AGAAAAAAAAACCAGAGCCAUUUUCAUUCAACAAACGGCUCGGAUUUGCUGUGGGGAUGGCUCCGCUAGUUCUGUAGACCCCCCCAAAAAACGGACGUAACAUCUGGCGAAAUUUUACUUCCGCGAUAUUUUUUUUUUGGGGGGGAAUUUCGCUGCUAACCGGCAUUUUGUCCACAUUAACAAGACUGACAACAGGAAUGAGUAUAGAAAUUCCGGAAGGACUGACGGAGCUGCUACAGAGCUUUACCGUGGAAGUGUUGAGGAACCAACCCGGGGAUUUACUCGAGUUUGCGCUGCGCUACUUCACCCGCCUGCGGGACAGCGAGACCAGCGAGGCCGCGGUUGGCCAUGACCGAAAUUCGGCCGCGCGAUCCGGCAAAGCGGUCAAUUUCAUUGACGAAGCCAUGCAAAUCGACUCGGAGAACGGAGAGGAGGAAGACGACGAGGAAUACGUAGCCCCGGUGAUCAACAGAUUCAUCCGGAGAGCAUCAGUGUGUGCUGAAGCAUUCAACCCUGAUGAAGACGAGGAGGAUAAAGAGCCAAGGGUCGCCUACCCUAAAACAGAUGAGCAGAGACAGAGACUACAGGAGGCAUGUAGGGACAUUCUACUGUUCAAAAAUUUGGAAGCGGAAGAAAUGUCUCAGGUCCUGGAUGCCAUUUUUGAGAAGUUCUGCACCAUUGGAGAGCAUGUCAUCGAUCAAGAUGAUGAUGGGGACAACUUCUAUGUCAUUGAAAGUGGGACGUUUGACAUCUUCAUGAAGGUUGACAAGACGGAGAAGAAGAUGGUGGGCUCCUAUGACAACCGAGGGAGCUUUGGGGAGUUGGCAUUGAUGUACAACACCCCCAGGGCAGCUACAAUAAUUGCCACCUCCCCUGGAGCCCUGUGGUGCCUGGAUCGUCUGACAUUUCGGAGAAUAAUAGUUAAGAACAACGCCAAGAAGAGGAGGCUGUAUGAGGCCUUCAUUGAAACAUUACCACUGCUCACAUCAUUAGAGCUCUCAGAGAGAAUGAAGGUGGUAGAUGUGCUAUCUUCCAAGGUGUACAGUGGUGGACAACAGAUUAUUGCUCAGGGUGAUCUAGCAGACUGCUUCUAUAUUGUUGAAUCUGGCCAAGUUAGAAUCACCAUGAAGAGAGGCAGAACGAAAAAAGGCCAAGAGGAAGAGGAGGUGGACAUAGCCACAUGCUCCAGAGGCCAGUACUUUGGGGAACUGGCCCUUGUCACAAACAAGCCCAGAGCUGCAUCAGCUUAUGCUGUGGGGAGCGUGAAAUGCUUGGUCAUGGACGUGCAGGCCUUUGAGAGGCUGCUGGGCCCGUGCAUGGAGAUCAUGAAGAGGAACAUCGCUAACUACCAGGAGCAGCUGGAGACCUUGUUUGGCAGCAGCACUGACAUUGAGGAGCAAAACAAAUGA